AUGGCCCUCUCCGUGGACUCAUCAUGGCAUCGGUGGCAGUGGAGAGUCAGAGAUGGCAUCUCCCAUUGUCCAUCAGAAACCACACCGCUGCUCUCUCCAGAGAAGGGGAGACAGAGCUACAACUUGACACAUCAGCGGGUCGUGUUCCCCAACAACAACAUAUUCCAUCAAGAUUGGGAAGAGGUCUCCAGGAGAUACCCCGGCAACAGAACCUGCACAACCAAAUACACCCUCUUCACCUUCCUGCCCCGGAACCUCUUUGAACAAUUUCAUAGAUGGGCUAACCUCUAUUUCCUGUUCCUGGUGAUUCUGAACUGGUUGCCCUCCAUGGAAGUCUUCCACAGGGAAAUCACCAUGUUGCCCUUGGCCAUUGUCCUGUUCGUCAUCAUGAUCAAGGAUGGCAUGGAGGACUUCAAGAGACACCGCUUCGAUAAAGCCAUAAACUGCUCCCACAUUCGAAUAUAUGAAAGAAAAGAACAGACCUACGUGCAGAAGCACUGGAAGGAUGUCCGCGUGGGAGACUUCAUCCAAAUGCGAUGCAAUGAGAUUGUCCCAGCAGAUAUUCUUCUCCUUUUCUCCUCGGACCCCAGCGGGAUAUGCCAUCUGGAAACUGCCAGCUUGGAUGGAGAGACGAACCUCAAACAAAGACAUGUCGUGAAGGGCUUCUCACAGCAGGAGGUACAGUUCGAACCAGAGCUUUUCCACAAUACCAUCGUGUGUGAGAAACCCAACAACCACCUCAACAAAUUUAAGGGUUAUAUGGAGCAUCCUGACAAGACCAGGACCGGAUUUGGCUGUGAGAGUCUUCUGCUUCGAGGCUGCACCAUCAGAAACACUGAGGUGGCUGUUGGCAUUGUCAUCUAUGCAGGCCAUGAAACAAAAGCUAUGCUGAACAACAGCGGCCCCCGGUACAAACGCAGCAAGAUUGAACGGCGCAUAAACACAGACAUCUUCUUCUGCAUUGGGAUCCUCAUCCUCAUGUGCCUUGUUGGAGCUGUAGGUCACAGCAUCUGGAAUGGGACCUUUGAAGAACACCCUCCCUUUGACGUGCCAGAGGCCAACGGCAGCUUCCUUCCCCGUGCCCUUGGAGGCUUCUACAUGUUCCUCACAAUGAUUAUUCUGCUCCAGGUGCUGAUCCCCAUCUCUUUGUACGUCUCCAUUGAGCUGGUGAAGCUCGGGCAAGUGUUCUUCUUGAACAAUGACCUUGACCUGUAUGAUGAAGAGACUGAUUUAUCCAUUCAGUGUCGAGCCCUCAACAUCACGGAGGACUUGGGCCAGAUCCAGUACAUCUUCUCUGAUAAGACGGGGACCCUGACAGAGAACAAGAUGGUGUUUCGACGUUGCACCAUCAUGGGCAGCGAGUAUUCUCACCAAGAAAAUGCUAAGCGACUGGAGACCCCAAAGGAGCUGGACUCAGAUGGUGAAGAGUGGACACAGUACCAAUGCCUGUCUUUCCCAGCCAGAUGGGCCCAGGAUCCAGCAACUAUGAGAGGCCAAAAAGGUGCUCCGCCUUUGAGGAGGAGCCAGAGUGCCCGGGUGCCCAUCCAGGGCCACUACCGACAAAGGUCUAUGGGGAACCGUGAAAGCUCACAGCCUCCUGUGGCCUUCAGCAGCUCCAUAGAAAAAGAUGUGACUCCAGAUAAAAACCUACUGAUCAAGGUUCGAGAUGCUUCCCUGUGGCUGGAGACCUUAUCAGACAGCAGACCUGCCAAGCCUUCCCUCUCCACCACCUCCUCCAUUGCCGAUUUCUUCCUUGCCUUAACCAUCUGCAACUCUGUCAUGGUGUCCACAACCACCGAGCCCAGGCAGAGGGUUACCAUCAAACCCUCAAGCAAGGCUCUGGGGACAUCCCUGGAGAAAAUUCAGCAGCUCUUCCAGAAGUUGAAGCUAUCAAGCCUCAGCCAGUCAUUCUCGUCCACUGCGCCCUCUGACACAGAUCUGGGGGAGAGUUUGGGGGCCAACGUGGCCACCACGGACUUGGAUGAGAGAGAUGAUGCAUCUGUGUGCAGUGGAGGUGACUCCACUGAUGAUGGUUUCUACAGGAGCAGCACGUGGGACCAGUGCGACACCCUGGAGUCUGGGUCGGGCACUUCCUUGGAGGAAGUGUUGGAGGCUCCUGCCCCAGGCCUGGCCAGUCCCGAGUUCUGUUACGAGGCUGAAAGCCCUGAUGAAGCUGCCCUGGUGCAUGCUGCUCAUGCCUACAGCUUCACGCUAGUGUCCCGGACACCUGAGCAGGUGACUGUGCGCCUGCCCCAAGGCACCUGCCUCACCUUUAGCCUCCUCUGCACCCUGGGAUUUGACUCUGUCAGGAAGAGAAUGUCUGUAGUUGUGAGGCACCCACUGACUGGUGAGAUCAUCGUCUACACCAAGGGUGCUGACUCGGUCAUCAUGGACCUGCUGGAAGACCCAGCCUGUGUGCCUGACAUUGAUGUAGAAAAGAAGCUGAGAAAAAUCCGAGCCCGGACCCAAAAACACCUAGACUUGUAUGCAAGAGAUGGCUUGCGCACUCUAUGCAUUGCCAAGAAGGUUAUAAGUGAAGAAGACUUCCGGAGAUGGGCCAGUUUCCGGCGUGAGGCUGAGGCAUCCCUUGACAACCGAGAUGAGCUUCUCAUGGAGACAGCACAGCAUCUGGAGAAUCAACUCACCUUACUUGGAGCCACUGGCAUCGAAGACCGGCUGCAGGAAGGAGUUCCAGAUACAAUUGCCGCUCUGCGGGAGGCUGGGAUCCAGCUCUGGGUCUUGACUGGAGAUAAGCAGGAGACAGCAGUCAACAUCGCCCAUUCCUGCAGACUGUUAGAUCAGACCGACACUGUGUACUCCAUCAAUACAGAGAAUCAGGAGACCUGUGAAUCCAUCCUCAAUUGUGCACUGGAAGAGCUAAAGCAAUUUCACGAACUACAGAAGCCAGACCGCAAGCUCUUUGGGUUCUGCUUACCUUCCAAGACACCACCUAUCACCUCAGAAGCUGUGGUCCCAGAAGCUGGAUUGGUCAUUGACGGGAAGACAUUGAAUGCCAUUUUCCAGGGAAAGCUGGAGAAGAAGUUUCUGGAGUUGACCCAGUAUUGUCGGUCUGUACUGUGCUGCCGCUCCACACCACUCCAGAAGAGUAUGAUAGUGAAGCUGGUGCGAGACAAGUUGCGCGUCAUGACCCUUUCCAUAGGUGAUGGAGCAAAUGACGUAAGCAUGAUUCAAGCUGCUGAUAUUGGAAUUGGAAUAUCUGGACAGGAAGGCAUGCAGGCCGUCAUGUCCAGCGACUUUGCCAUAGCCCGCUUUAAGCACCUCAAGAAGCUGCUGCUUGUGCACGGCCACUGGUGUUACUCGCGCCUGGCCAGGAUGGUGGUAUACUACCUCUACAAAAACGUGUGCUACGUCAACCUGCUCUUCUGGUAUCAGUUCUUCUGUGGUUUCUCCGGCUCCACCAUGAUCGAUUACUGGCAGAUGAUAUUCUUCAAUCUCUUCUUUACCUCCUUGCCUCCUCUCGUCUUUGGAGUCCUAGACAAAGACAUCUCCGCAGAAACACUCCUGGCAUUACCUGAGCUAUACAAGAGUGGCCAGAACUCUGAGUGCUAUAACCUGUCAACUUUCUGGAUUUCUAUGGUGGAUGCAUUCUACCAGAGCCUCAUCUGUUUCUUCAUCCCUUACCUGACCUAUAAGGGCUCUGAUAUAGACGUCUUUACUUUUGGGACACCAAUCAACACCAUCUCCCUCACUACAAUCCUCUUGCACCAGGCAAUGGAAAUGAAGACAUGGACCAUUUUCCAUGGGCUUGUGCUCCUCAGCAGCUUCCUGAUGUACUUUCUGGUAUCCCUCCUGUACAACGCCACCUGCGUCAUCUGCAACAGCCCCACGAAUCCCUACUGGGUGAUGGAAGGCCAGCUCUCAGACCCCACUUUCUACCUCGUCUGCUUUCUCACACCAGUUGUGGCUCUUCUCCCAAGGUGCUUUUUCCUAUCUCUACAAGGAACCUGUGGGAAGUCUCUAAUCUCAAAAGCUCAGAAAAUUGACAAACUCCCCACAGACAAAAGAAACCUAGAAAUCCAGAGUUGGAGAAGCAGACCGAGGCCUGUCCCUACACCUGAAGUGGCUCGACCCACCCACCACUCAGUGUCAUCUAUCACAGAACAGGACUUCAGUGCCAGCACCCCAAAGAGCUCUAACCCUCCCAAGAGGAAGAACACAGAAGAGUGGAUGAUCCAUGAACAGAGAUGCGGCAAAGGGUGCAUGAGGGAUGACUCAUGCUCAGGGGACUCCUCAGCUAAACUUUCAUCCGGGGAGCACCUGCUGGGGCCUCACAGGACAAUGGCCUACUCAAGAGAACAGACUGAUAUGUCCCGGCACUCAAAGAGGGGCAGCCAUCGCCGAUCCCAGAGUUCACUGACCAUAUGAGGAACUACAGAAAUCCAUACAAACUCAACAUAGGCCACCCAAUCACUGGCCCAAGUAACCCUUGACACCUUCCUCUUCACAGAGGAAACAUUGUGCCAGAGUUAUUCUUUUUUUCCCCCAGUAAGCUUGACUUCCUUGGAGGAAGGGCUGGUCCCAAGGGGGUUGACACAAAGACUGGAAAACCAGUCAGCCUCUAGUUUUCUGUGGCUGCCAGGCAGCACAUCUUGCAGAGUUUAGAUAAGGAGGCUGUUUUUGUUGCAUUGAGUUCUCAAAUUGGUUUAACCCAAAACCACUCUUCUGACCGUCUAGAUAAGUGCAGCCUACAAUCCAAUGCAAUUGGGCUGUAAGUUUCCAAGAUUCCAAGAAGUGUAUCAACCCAAGCAAUAUCUCAGGGUAUGGAAGUUUCUGGGUUUAUUUACAUCUCAGUGCCCAGAGUUAAAGUUUCAGAAGAGACUUGUACAGCCCUAAGAGACUUAGGGCUUCACCUCAAGUGUAUUGCCGUGAUGGGCGAGUUGGGAUUAUCCCUUCCAUGCACAGAGAGUUGGUUCUGCUUUUUGUCUCUAAGCCAAAGAAAAGCCACAUCUAAAGAUGAAAAGUGUAUUUGAACUCAGUGCCACAGACUCUUCUGAGGGUUGUAGGGUCACAGCUAGUGUAAGAGGCAUGAAGAAUAGACAUGCAAAAGGGAACAGAUGCACCAGAGACCCCUGUUUUGGUUGACGGACCACGUGUCCCAACAUCUGGGGAAUCUGACAAGAGGACA